UCAUAUUCCAGUUUCCACCUUCAAUCCAAUCCAAAACAACAUUAUCUAUCAACUACAAAUCCAACUCAAAUCAAGUUUUAGUUUUCAAUUGCAGUAGAAGAAGAAGAUGAGAUCACCAACAAAAUCAGUAACAAAGAGAGUUAAAGAUGCUGAAUCUGAGCUGAAUUUGCCACCUGGAUUCCGGUUUCACCCGACCGACGAGGAGCUCAUCGUUCACUACCUUUGUCGGAAGUCCCAUUCGACGUCCAAGAUCAUCGCGGAUGUCGAUAUCUACAAACAUGAACCCUGGGAGCUUCCUGAAAUGGCCUUAUUUGGAACAAAGGAAUGGUACUUUUUUACACCAAGAGAUAGGAAAUACCCGAACGGGUCAAGACCAAACCGGGUCACAGGAAACGGGUACUGGAAAGCAACCGGAGCGGAUAAACCUAUUAAGUCUAAAUCCGACACGAUAGGGAUCAAGAAAUCCUUGGUGUUUUACGCGGGGAGAGGGCUUAAAGGGAUUAAGACGAAUUGGAUCAUGCAUGAAUAUAGACAUGCAGAUUCUAAGUUGGAUGAUUGGGUUCUAUGUCGUCUUUACAACAAGAAGAAUGAUCCGAAUGAGAUGAUCAUCGUACCCGAAGAUAACAACAUUAAUCAUCUUCAUCCUAUAUUACCGUUACAAAAAGAGAAUAGCUCUAGUAACAACAGUGACAGUUUUGAUUCAUUCGAACAUUCCGAUGGUGAGUUUGGUGGUAGCUUUGAAGGUGACGUCUUGUUUUCAGGCGACUUGCCCGCUGAAUCUUUGACCAAACUCGAAGAUGCUAAUGAGCUAAACAUGGGAUUAUUGGAUAGUUUGAUACAAAAAGAGGAUCUUGAUGAUGGGGAUGAUUGGCUAGAUGGUUUGAGUCUUGAAGAUUUACAUCAUUGCUUAGAAGCAAUGCCUCCAACUCAUGACCUUUAUGAGAUGCCAAUGAGUUUUAACACAAGUCAACAAUAUUUUUCCUAUUAGGGUUUUGAUCAUACUAGGAUUAGAAUUGUGAGUAAUUGUACCAUAGAUUGAUUCAUUAGAGUUAAAACACCCAUAUUUUCCAAAUUUCAGUUUAAUAUGGUUAGAGAAUAUGAAGAUUUGAUUGGUGUAAAUAAGUUGAGAGAAGUGUUUUUUUUUUUUUUUCUACAUGUUAAUUUGUAAUCAAUUUUGAGAUGUUGAAGGGAAUAUCGUUAGCACC